CGGGCAAUGCCUCCCUCCGCUCCAUAAAAGGGAGUGGGCGUGGCUACCAGGGUCGAAUUGAAAAGAAACAGCAGCUGUGGACACGAUUGUAAUGCGACCUGUCAGAGAAAUUAAAAAUAAUUUAACCCUUGAGAACUUGCCUUGUGUUUUCCUUCUUAACAUCGCUACAGUGUCUUCAGAUUGCUAUACAUUAUAAAUACCAGCAUACCUAGCAGCUACUAAACAGAAUCCCGUGUGCUGCCAUGGACAGUGUGAAGAUGGAGUCUGUCCAGAUUAAAGAGGAGUUCCCUGAACUUGAACUUGUCCCCAUUAGAGUGGAGUCUCCUGGACUGGCUUCCCUCCCCAUUAAACAGGAGCUCUGUGAGGUGCAAUGGGACAGCAGCCAGCCAGAGGUCUCUGAGAUUAAAGCUGAGCACGAUGAAUUGGAGAUCCCCCAGACAGAAGAACCCCUUCCUGUGAAACAAGAAGAGGUGAUGGAAACUGUCCGUAUUAAACAGGAGCCCCCUGAAGUAGAGUUUGACCACAUGGAACCAGGGAAGGAAGAAUCCGAGGACUUCAAACCAAACAUCCCUGAGCUGGAGCCUGUACGCCUGCGGGAGUGUAGCGUGGUGCUGGAGAGAAUCUGCGUGAGAGAGCGAGGCGCUGGAGAGGAUGACUCUCCCAACAGCAUGCAGGGAGGUGGAAAGGAAGACGGGCAGUCAUAUUCACAAUGCAGUCCUGCAGGUGGAGGAUAUCCUGACUGUGGAAAAGGAUUCAGUCCGUUAGGAAACCUUGAAAUACACGAGCGAAUUCCCACAGGAGAGAAGCCGUAUUGCUGCUCUGACUGUGGGAAGUGUUUCGGUCAGUCAGAAGACCUCAAAAGGCACCAGCGAAUUCACACAGGAGAGAAACCGUACUGCUGCUCUGACUGUGGGAAGAGUUUCAGUCGCUUAGGACACCUUAAAAGGCAUCAGCGAAUUCACACAGGAGGGCAACCGUAUGGCUGCUUUAACUGUGGGAAGCGUUUCAGUCAGGCAGGAGACCUGAAAACACACCGACAGAUUCACACAGGAGAGAAACCGUAUCGCUGCUCUGACUGUGGGAAGAGUUUCGGUCAGUCGGGAGACCUUAAAAAGCACCAGAAAAUUCACUCAGAAGAGAAACCAUACUGCUGUUCUGACUGUGGGAAGAGUUUCAUUCGAUCAGGACACCUUAAAAGGCACCAGCGCAUUCACACAGGAGAGAAACCGUAUCGCUGCUUUAACUGUGGGAAGCAUUUCAGUCAGAUAGGAGACCUGCAAACACACCGACAAAUUCACACAGGAGAGAAACCGUAUUGCUGCUCUGACUGUGGUAGGAGUUUCGGGCAGUCAGAAGACCUUAAAAGGCACCAGCGAAUUCACACAGGAGAGAGACCGUAUCGCUGCUCAGACUGUGGGAAGAGUUACAAUCGCUCAGGACACCUUAAAAGACACCAGCGAAUCCACACAGGAGAGAAACCGUAUGGCUGCUCUGACUGCGGGAAGAGUUUCAGAUAUUCAGGAGACCUUAAAAUGCACCAGCGAAUUCACACAAGAGAUAAACUCUAAAGACCAUGUUCAGUGGGACUUCUCACUCAUUAGGAAAAUACUUAAACCUUGCAUUAUGAGUCCCUGUGUAAUUAUUAUUUUAGUGUGUAUCACUCUGGUAAGGAUGCACGCAACGAGUCGCACUGUGGUUGUUUCAGAAAGUGGGCGGUGACGUCACAAGACGCUUCUCUGCUGUCAGUUUAACUCCGGCUGUCUCAGUGCAUGGGAGCGGUAAUAUACAAAAAUGAAACUAUUCCUCAAUUUAUGUACGAGUCAGGAGAAAUCGAUAACUCAGUGUGGGAAACGACUUUCAGGGUUUAGCAUUUAAACGUCAUUAAUCUGAAAAUAAAUAAAUUGAUCGGAACGAUUAAACCGAUUGCACCUUCCUUGCUGGGAAAUCGCCUGGAUGAUCAGUCUUGUAAAUUCAUCACGUUUCUAAAAACGAAUUAAAUAUUCUAGUGUCCCGAUGCUGUAUUAUGACCGAAUAUUGCACAAGGUUUGAAUGUGCAUUGUCCAUGCUUUUUAUAUUUCAGCCUGCUUUUGUAAACUUCCCUCAAUAAACCAAGUAUAGUUGGGGGGGGGCAAUGCAAGUUAGAAAUUUUAUUUUUGAUUUUUUUUACAAUCCAUCCUGUUUCUUUUGGAGUUUUUAAAUUGGAGUUUCGUCCGUUUUAUUUUGUCUUUGUGUGGUGCUAAAGCGAAACUGCCAUGUUAUUAUUCAGAAACAAAUUUUGUUGCAGGUGACGGAUCUCAAUGGCGUCUCCUGGUCUGUAAAGCAUCGUUUCUGUGAAACUCCACACAGCCUUGCUGCGGCUUUCCCCUGCUGAGGAUAACUUUGUCAGGUUAAUAUUUGAAGUAAACUCAUUAGAAAUUGCAGCAGCGCGAUAUCUUUCUUUGGAAACACUGCAAUACAACUAAAAAAUCCUUUGUUUGCAAAGUGUUUGUAACAAACACACAAAACGCCCCUCAGAGAGGCUGCCAUGCUGGUCUAAACAGGAAGUACCACUUUAUUUACAAGUUCAAACGCAUGUUAAUGAAAGAAAUGUCCACCAGCCUCUUCAUAUCUGCCUGCUUGUCAGAUUCCGCUUCAACCUUUUAGCAUGUUAUGUGUUCCCUUUGGGCAGUCGUUCAUUCAUUCAUGUUUUCACUUGAUCUGAAAAUAGCCCGCCAUGUUUCUCCCUGUGUGCAGGUAAGGGACGAUCGCAGAUGAAGCUUGUCUGUAAGUUGUGAGGCUGUAUAUAGAAAGAAAAACAAGCAGAUCAAUAAAAAUGUUUAUAAAAUGACUUGCCUGUGUUUUUUUUUUAUUUUAAAUAAAUAUGCAGCACUAACUUAUGCUUUUGUAAAGUCUUAAUUAUAAGUACUGGUUUUUGGUUUUUAAAAAAAACACAAUUUGACUCG